AUGAAGCUCUCUCGCAUACCCGUAAGAGCAUUUGGUAACGCAGCAUACCAACAGCCUAUCGAAUAGCGCCAUUUAAGACCUUCUUCCAUUUAGUAAAGCUUGGAACCAAGACAAAUAAUGAGAUGCGUCUCCUAAGAGCAAAAAUUACCUCAUCCGCAAUUACAAUAUGUUCAAUACCCCCAACAAAGGUAAUGUCUUGACUUAAUGGCAAUUUAGAGGUUCUAGCCCACCAAUUCGAAAACCGCUGUAAGAGACUGUUGCAGUGUGCCCCUGAAAACUGAACAGCAACAAAAGACAUGUGAAUUGAGUAAGGUUCGAUCCUCAGCCCAAUUGAAUUUAGUUUAAUAGGAUGACACAAAUCAAUCAACUAUUAUCAAGCAAUAGAAUGAAUAAAUUCAACAAUUGCAAACUCAAUUAUCAGAGAAAGUUCAUUAAUAUCAAUAGCUGUAAGAGAGAUUUAAUGUUGAAUUCAAGAAAUUUCAGGAAGACUUUAGACACAAAUUGACCAAUAUUGAUUUAAACAUUACUUAGAAUGAUUACACUUAAUAAUUUAUGUUGGAAAUCGAUAGGAAAGUUUCAAAUCUGUAAAACAAUCUAAAUGAACAGAUUAAGGAAUUAUAGGAGAAUUUUGAGUAGAAGACUAAACAGAGUGAACAUUUAGUUAAAAAUCUAUCUUCCAACACAUCAAUAAGAUUGAAUGAGGAUGAAUAGCAUUUCAAAUAAGAAGUGGAGAAUUUGAACUCAAAAUUGAAUUCUAAGGCUGAUAGAUAAAAAGUGGAAUAGACUAUAUAAGUAUAAAUUGCUUAAUUAUAAAAUUAAUACUAAUUAUAAUUGUAAUAGGCUCAUUAAUUGUUAAAUAAAAUAAACAAUGAAAAGAGUGAUGAAUUAUCAUAAAUCAAAAAUUAAAUCCAAAACACUUUAAUGCAUCUAACAUAAUAAGUCAAUCAAAAAUUACAACACAUGUAUGAUACAAUUAAUGAAAGAGACUAAGAGAAUAACAGUAAAAAACACGAGAGCAAAUAACUCAGUUAACAUUUCACUAACUUGUAAAAUAAGUUUUAGCAAUUGUAAUAACAAUCUAUUGAAACUAUUACAUAAUUAAAGUAAAAAAACAAAUAGAUGGAAAAGGAGAAGCAAGAACUAAAUAAACAAUUGACUUAACAACAAUUCUUGGUUUCGUAAUUCCAAUCUGAAAUUACUAAAUUGAAAAAUACUAACUCUUAAUUGACUUUACAAUUAUCUCCUUAGGCUAAAUAGAAUAGUUUCUUUUCUACUUCUACUGCAGUAGCAAAUUAGAAGUCUAAGAAACAAUUAAGCGUUGUAAACAAGAAAAAUGAAAUCAGUCUGGAUGAUUUCGCAGAUUUUAAUGAAAAUUCGUUGCUUGAUUCCAAUGAGAGUUUUGAAAUUAACGAAACUUGUGGUUUCAGUAAAACCAAAAAGAUAAUUUAAGUUGAAGAGUUUUAAAGUCCCCCAAGAAAUCCCUUUAAGAAAUCUUAACUAUCUAACAUCAAUAAACUAUUAAAUGAGAACUUGAGUGGCUAAUUGUCUUGUAAAAGCAGAGGAAAAUCAGCACCUUUACCAAUGGUCAACGCAUUAACAAAGGCAAUAAAAAGAAGGUUGCUUUAUCUAGGGAAAAAUGAUAGAGUUUUGACAUGCACUUAUGAUUCUGAGAAACAUUUAAUAGAUUGUGAUAUGGGAUUGUGUCUGUUGGAUGAGAAUGGUUCUCCCUUUGUGGUUAGUGAAUAGGAGAAGACUCAGUUGAUACAAAUGAAGUUGAUCAAGAUAAAUUGA